AUGUUCGAGCAGCUCAGGAGGUGGGCCAACAACGCGUCCAGCGACGAGCAGAGGCUGCGCGACAUCUCGCUGGAGUACCGCGAGGCGGAGCUAACGGCGAUGGCGCGGAACUUCGACCCCGGCCGCCGCCUGGGCUCCGGCAACUACGGCGCGGUCUACCGAGGCACCAUGCCUGACGGACACGACGUGGCCAUCAAGGUGAUGGAGGUGGACGACGACAGCACCAGCUCCUCCGGCUUCGCGGAGGAGGUCCAGGUCCUGAGCAAGUUCAGGCACCCGAACCUGGUGACGCUGAUGGGCUGGGGGACAGGCAGAGGCCGGCGGUACCUCGUCUACGAGCUGCUCGAGGGCGGGGACGUGUCGAAGCGGCUGCUGGAGAGCCGCGAGCGGGGCCGGCCGUUCGGCCACGCAGAGCGGCUGUGGGUGGCGCUGGACUCGGCGUGCGGGCUUUCCCACAUGCACAACAGCACGCCGAAGGCCUUCCACCGCGACAUCAAGUCUGCGAACAUCCUGCUCGACAGGAGCGGCACGGCGAAGAUGGCGGACUUCGGCCUGUCGGGCAUUGCGAAAAACAAGGGGAAGCUUAACAUGACCGUCGAGCAGGUCAGCGGCACCCCUGGCUACGCGUGCCCUCACUACAUCAAGAGCGGCCGUGUCACGGAGCAGACGGAGGUGUACGCGUUCGGCAUGGUGUUGUUGGAAUUGCUGAUGAACGCCAUGCCCGCGUGCAUGGGGCAGGCCGGGCAGAUCAUAUACCCGAUCUUCCAGACCGUGAUGCCCCAGGCCCCCGGUGCCACGGACCGCGCGCUGGGUGCCCUCGACGCACAGGCCGCCUGGCCGCAGCCGCUGGCCAAGGACCUGGUGGACCUGGCGCUCGCGUGCAGCAGCGCCCACGAGUCGCGGCGGCCCACGUUCGUGGACAUCGGUCGUCGGCUCCGGCACCUCUGCGAGCAGCACUGCCGGGGCCAGCGGCCCACUGGCGGCGCAGCGGCGUGCUCGGGCCAGGCCGCCGCGGCCGCGGCGGGCCCGCCGACCGCCCCGCAGAUGCACUCGCAGAUGGCCCGCGGCCAGGGCGCGGCGGCGGGGGAACCGCCUACGCGGCCGCAGGUGGGCGGCUACCCCCCCGCCGCCGCGCCGCCGCCCGGCGGCGAGCCGCCCACGCGGCCCCAGCUCGGCCUCGGCGGCGCCCCGCCGCCGGUGGCGCCCCCGGCGGCCGGGCGCGGCCCCGGGCCGCCGACGCAGCCGCAGAUGGGCCUGGGCACGCCGGCCGCCGCGCCGGCCACGAGCCCGCAGGGCUACCAGGUCCCCGCCGUGCCCCGCGCCGCCGGGGGGCCGGGCGGCGGCCCGGACCGGGUGCGGGACUUCUUCGGGGCCGUGCAGGAGCCUGUGGCAUGGCGGCUGGGAGGGCGCCACGGAGGGGCAGGCGUCGCGGAGGGCCGCUGGGGCGGCGCCCGGGGGCUCGCCGCCGGCGAACUUGGCGGAGUCGUGGCGCCGCUGCCCAGGUCGUGCCGGCCGGCCGUCGGAGACCUCGAGGUCGGACCCGAGGGCCAGGCGCCCAUGGGCCGGGAGAGGUCGCCUCGUCUCGGAGGUUUUGUGCACAAGGCGUGGUCGCGAGGGCGGCUGCCGCUGUCCGCUGUUCUGCCUCUGCUGCCGUUCCGUAGCCAUUUGAGCUCACGCGCGCCUUCUGCGGCGCCCGCGGGCCGCUGGCGGCUGCUCCCUGCGGCAGCCAGCAGCUGUGGCGGCGGCGCUCGGCGGGCUGGCGGUGCGCCCAUGGGCAGCGGUCCGGCGCCCGCGGCGGCCGCUCUGUUCGCGGCAGCGGCGGCGGCGGCGGCGCUGCGUGGCGCUCGGGCGGAGUCCGCGGCCUCAGACCUCCCGGCUCCCAGCGGACCCGGCGCGGAGCUGGCCGGCUGGGUGUUCGAGGGCGGCGGCGCGCUCUCCCCGGCCAUGGCCGCGUCCGAGGGCGGCCACCGCCUCGUCCUCGCGGGCUCCGACCGGGGCGUCCUGGUCACCCCGCAGGGCGGCGCCGCCGCUGUGCGGCGCGUGGGCGUCGGGGCCGCCGAGGUCGAGGCCCCCACGGCUGGGCUGCGCGCCACGGCGGCCGCCGCCCGCCGCGCGAGGGAGUCCCAGCGCGCGCCGUGCCCCUGGGACGCCACGGACGCCGCGUGCGCCGCGUGGUGCGUCGCCGUGGCGCCGGCCGCCGUCGACCGCCCGGCAGGUCGCGCGCUCGGCCCGCCCUGUGGACCACCAGGCGGGUCCGCCGGUGGCGCGGGCGGGCCCACCUGCAGGUGCGGCGACGCCCAGGCGGUGUGGGCCGAGUGCGCAUCGAACUGCUCCGCGCCGGCGGCCGCACGACAGGCGCCGCCGCAGGCGCCGCUGGGCGAGGCGAAGGCGCAAGCGAAAACAGAGGCCGAGGCGAAGACAGAGGCGCCGCCAGCUCGGCCGCCGCCGGCGUCUCAGGGCGCGCCCGCGACGGGCGCGCGGACGGCGGCCGCAGCAGCACGCCGCUACUUGCUCUACGACGCGCGCUUCGGCACGAGCUUCGCCGCGCAGCUGGAGGUGCUCUUCACGGCGAUGAGGGUCGUCAAAGAGCUGAACGCUCAGGUCGAGGCGGCGUGUGCAGAGGCCGCGAAGGGCGCCACGGUGGAGCCCCGCUGCGCGCCGUGGACGCUGGUGCUACCCACGUGGUGCGCGGUGGUCCACUGGUACUCUGAGGCCGAGCUCCCGUGGAGCGAGCUCUUCGACGUGGCCUCGCUUACGGAAGCGGCGCCAGUGGUAGAGUUCGAGGCCUUCGCGCCCAGCACCGGCGCAGGCGGCAGCGCACGCGUGGACCUCGCCGUGGUCGCGGGCGCAGCGCCGGCAGGCGACGCAUCGCUGGGCGAUGGUGCCCGCGGGGAGUUCUUGGGCUGGUCGCGCAGCCCAGAGGAGUGCGAGGGCUUGCUGACGGAGCCGCGGUCCGUGAAGGGCGGCGUGCUGCUGGACUACUCCGGGUACUGCGGCGCCGAGGUGCUCGCCAAAGACCUCAAGUGCGGGCGCCUGCGGAGGCCCACGUGGCGCGCGCUGGGGGACCUCGUCGCCGCGGCCACAGCGACAGGCGCCAGGCGCGUCUUCCUGAAGAGCCUCGACGCCGCGGGGGCACACUCGCCAGGCGGCGCGGCCACGCGGCUCUUCCACCCCGCGCUGCGGCCCGCGGCCGCGCUGCGCGCCGAAGCGGACCGCUUCGUCGCCGCCACGCUCGGGGUGCUGGGCUACCUGGCCGUCCACCUGCGGCGCAACGAGCACCGGCAAUUUCACCCAGAGGACGUGCCGUCCGCCGCGGCGGCGGCGCAGCGCCUGAACGGCCUGCUCAGGGAGGUCGGCCUGGAGCAGGUCUUCGUUGCCACCGACGCCCCGGAGGGCUUUCGGGAAGACCUGCGCCGGCGGGUGAAGGCGCCGCUGUACUACUUCGCGCAGGACGACGGCGCCAGGGUGCCAGAGCACAGCGGGCAGGCGGAGUUGAUCGUCCUCCGCGUGCUCGCGCGCGGGGCACACUUCAUCGGCACCGAGCACUCCGCGCUCACGGCCGCCGUGAUGCGGGAACGGCUGCACGCGGGCCGGGCCGAGGGAAGCUCCACCGAGGUGUUCUGCCCGCGGCUCCCCGAGGAGAGGCAGCACCACGGCAACGGGAGUCGCUGCGUGUCGCGGCCCUACGCGAGGCGAAUGGCGCAGCAGGCCAGAAAAUCAGUGCCUCUGCUGCUGCUGCUGCUGCUGCUGCUGCUGCUGCUGCUGCUGCUGCUGCUGCGGCAGGGCCCCGGGCUCCGCGCGGGGGCGCCCGCGUGCGGGCCCCCGACCGCUCACCGGGUCCACGGGAUCGCGCCCCGGCGUCUGGACCGCGGGGGGUCAGCCGCCGCCGGAGGGGCUGGGUGUGCGAUGAAGGCUGACCCUGCCCUGCCCCUGCUCGUCGUCCUCGUCCUCGUCCUCUGCCGUGCCCUGUUGGGGAAGGCCUGA